UUCAUUUACUUUUUUCUUGAAAUAGCCACGAAAUAGUGUUAGUCCUAACUGUGUCCUUUCUGUGUCUCCCACAGUCGUCAUGGCGGUCCAAGCGAAGCAGCAUGUCGGGCUACUUCCUGGCAUCCCGCAGCAUGCACUGGAUCCCUGUGGGCGCCUCACUCUUCGCCAGCAACAUCGGGUCUGGCCACUUCAUCGGACUGGCGGGCUCCGGAGCGGCGUCCGGCAUAGGCAUUGGAGCCUUUGAAUUAAACGCAGUCUUCGUGCUGAUGAUGCUGGGAUGGCUGUUUGUGCCUGUGUACAUGACCUCAGGAGUGUUCACCAUGCCGGAGUACCUCAGAGAGAGGUUCGGAGGCCAGCGCAUCAGGGUCUACCUAUCUUGCCUCGCUCUUCUUCUUUCUGUCUUUACCAAGAUAUCGGCCGAUCUGUAUGCUGGAGCUCUGUUCAUUCAGCAAGCUAUUGGAAAGACCACCGAUGAAUGGCUUUAUAUCAGCAUCCUCAUACUGCUGGCCAUAGCUGCCGUGUUCACGAUAAGUGGGGGCCUUACGGCAGUCAUCUGGACCGAUUUCGUGCAAACCAUUCUCAUGCUGUUCGGCGCUCUGACUCUUAUGGGCAUUGCGUUCAACGAGGUGGGAGGAUAUGAGGCGAUGGUGGAGGACUUCUUCUAUGCCAUUCCCAACAAGACAAGAUUUUCUGAAGAUGGCACUGUCAAUUGCGGGGAACCUCCGAGCUACUCCAUGCAUUUCUUCAGGUCUGCAAAGCCCGGCGAGUCCGAUCUGCCGUGGCCCGGCAUGCUCUUUGGCAUUACAAUCUCCGGCAUUUGGUAUUGGUGCACCGACCAGGUCAUUGUUCAGAGGACGCUUUCCAGCAAGAACAUGACUUACGCCAAGGCUGGCUGCGUUCUGGCAGGUACCCUGAAGUUCCUGCCUCUCUUUAUGUUGGUUUUCCCUGGCAUGGCUUCGCGCAUCCUCUUCACGGAUGAGGUGGCCUGCGUGGACCCAGAUGAGUGCGAAAAGUAUUGCAACAACCGAGCAGGAUGCACUAACAUAGCUUACGUAGAGCUUGUCCUCCAGCUUCUCCCGACUGGUCUCUCUGGACUAAUGUUGGCCGUGAUGCUGGCUGCCCUCAUGUCCUCUCUCACUUCCAUCUUCAACUCCUCCUCCACGAUCUUUUCCAUUGACAUUUGGACGAGGAUUCGCAAGCAGGCGACUGACGUUGAGUUAUUGAUUGUGGGUCGCGGCUUUGUUCUCAUCAUGGUGGUGAUCUCCAUCCUAUGGAUUCCCAUUAUACAGAGUUCAGCCAGUGGCCAGCUGUUCAUCUACAUUCAGAGCAUCUCUUCCUUCCUUUCACCGCCUAUCUGCGCCAUCUACCUGCUGGCUAUCUUCUGGCCACGCACUACGGAGCCGGGCGCCUUCUGGGGUCUCAUCGUGGGUCUGGUCAUCGGCCUCAUUAGAUUUGUCAUGGAGUUUGCCUACACCAUCCCUGCCUGUGGAGAGCCAGCAUCAAAGGACAGGCGUCCAGAGUGGAUUAAAGUGAUCGUUGGCAACGUGCAUUACCUCCACUUCGGAUGUAUCCUGUUGCUGCUGACCAUGGUGGUGACGGUGGGCGUGUCGCUGCUCACCGAGCCCAUCCCUGAAAAGUGUUUGUACCGCCUAACCUUCUGGAGCCGCCACAGUACGGAGGUUCGUAUGUCCGUCAGGGAAUGGAGGAAUGAGAUGCUUCCUGAUGACAAGGUCAAGAUUCAGCCCAAAGUGGAUGGUGACACUGCUAGUGCUUUAACCAGCGGCGCUAAACAUCUACCUACCUGGCGGCGUGCCCUCAACUGUGUGUGUGGCGUGAACCCUGAGGACACGGCACCUGAGGAAGACCCUGAACAGGACCUGACACCGGAGGAAAAGGCAAGAAAGGCUGCCGAGUUUCUCGUGGAAAAGGCACCGUGGAAAAACGUGGUGAACGGUUCGGCGAUCGUUGUCAUGUGCCUGGCGGCCUUCCUUUGGGGCUUCUACGCGUAGCCCUUCAUUCUUCCCUGCCUCGCGGCGUCCAACAGUAUUCACUAUGCUAAUAGACGUUACACUUAUCCCCAACAUGGAGAAACGUGUAGCAAAUCAUAUCUGUUCAACAGUGAUAUGUUUGUAAUCGUAUUCGUGAUUAAAACACGUGCUUUUAGUUUUAUGUAUUAUUUUACGUUUUAUGUGAAUCAUGGGUGAUUUUUUUUGUUGAUAAAAUGUAUGUGUUUUUUAUGUACAAUAUUUAGCCAAAAGCUGUAUAAAACACCCGAUAAUUUUCUGCCACAAUGUUGGAUAAUAGUUCGAUGUUUCCUGUAAUUUAUAUUAGUCUUCUCUCUUGUAGGCAUUCACAUGUAAACAUAAACGUAACGUAGAACGUAAAAAAUAAAAAAAUAAAAAAUAAA